CCUUUGACCAUUAGUCAACUCUCUCUCUCUCAUAUUCCGGCAAGCGUAGCUAUAGCCCUGCUGGGGAGUAGUCUGUCUAAGGCUAAGGCCUCUCUUGGGCUGAUAAACUAAAAACGACAUUGACAGUUCUUCGAGACAAAAAAGAGAGAUAAGGAUUAAGAAGAGAAAGCUUACUUUAAUUUUAGAUCUCUCCCUCUUUCUCUAUUCAAUGCCCAGAAAAGGCCAUACCUCUACGGUUAUAAUUUAAUCACAAGUACUAACCAUCGAUCUUCUUCACUUUUCUUUAAUGGCAACAAACCCACUUCACUGAAGCCAUCAACUUUACCAAUCUCUCUCUUUUUUUUUGUUUCUUGCUCUUCUUUUAGUUUACUGAAAUUGAAAGUGAAGAAUCUUUUGUGGGUAUUGCAAUGGCGGAGAGCGCAGAGGCAAAGACAUUGCCGGAGGCGGAGAAGAAGAAAGAGCAGACACUUCCAUUUCACCAGCUCUUCUCUUUCGCAGACAAGUACGAUUAUCUCCUCAUGAUUUCUGGUAGUGUUGGAGCUGUCAUCCAUGGCUCUUCCAUGCCUUUUUUCUUCUUGCUGUUCGGCCAGAUGGUUAAUGGCUUCGGCAAAAACCAAAUGGAUUUAAGAAAAAUGACCGACGAAGUAUCCAAGUACUCUCUUUACUUUGUCUACCUAGGCCUUGUUGUGUGCGUCUCAUCGUAUGCAGAGAUUGCAUGUUGGAUGUACACGGGAGAGAGGCAAGUGGGAACGCUGAGGAAGAAGUAUUUAGAGGCUGUGCUGAAACAGGACGUGGGUUUCUUCGACACGGACGCUAGAACUGGAGACAUCGUCUUCAGCGUCUCAACGGACACUCUUCUCGUCCAAGAUGCCAUUAGCGAGAAGGUGGGAAACUUUAUUCAUUAUCUGUCAACAUUUCUGGCGGGGCUGGUGGUGGGGUUUGUAUCAGCAUGGAGGCUUGCGCUGCUGAGUGUGGCGGUGAUUCCUGGCAUUGCCUUCGCCGGUGGAUUAUAUGCCUACACCCUCACUGGCCUUACUUCCAAGAGUCGUCAAUCUUACGCCAACGCCGGUGUUAUUGCCGAACAAGCCAUUGCACAAGUUCGGACAGUUUAUUCUUAUGUUGGAGAAAGCAAGGCAUUGAAUUCAUAUUCAGAUGCCAUACAGAACACAUUGAAGCUUGGGUACAAGGCUGGAAUGGCCAAAGGAUUGGGGCUAGGAUGUACUUAUGGCAUAGCUUGCAUGUCAUGGGCACUUGUUUUCUGGUAUGCCGGUGUGUUCAUCAGAAACGGGCAGAGCGAUGGGGGGAAAGCCUUCACGGCGAUUUUUUCCGCCAUUGUUGGUGGCAUGAGCUUAGGCCAGUCAUUUUCGAACCUUGGAGCAUUCAGCAAAGGCAAAGCAGCUGGGGACAAGCUGAUGGAGAUCAUUAAUCAGAAACCGUCUAUAACUCAGGACGCAUCGGAUGCGAAGUGUUUGGCUGAGGUCAAUGGAAACAUAGAAUUCAAGGAUGUAACUUUUAGCUACCCAUCAAGGCCGGACGUUUUCAUUUUCAGGAAUUUUUCAAUCUUCUUCCCCGCUGGAAAGACUGUUGCUGUUGUUGGUGGUAGUGGCUCGGGAAAGAGCACCGUUGUCUCUCUCAUUGAGAGGUUCUAUGAUCCUAAUCAGGGGCAGGUUUUGCUGGACAAUGUGGACAUAAAAACACUGCAACUAAAAUGGUUACGUGACCAGAUUGGGCUGGUAAACCAAGAGCCUGCGCUGUUCGCAACCACCAUAUUGGAGAACAUACUCUAUGGAAAGCCUGACGCAACAAUGGCUGAAGUCGAAGCUGCAACUUCUGCAGCAAAUGCUCAUAGUUUCAUAACUUUGCUUCCUAAUGGGUACAACACUCAGGUAGGAGAAAGAGGAGUCCAACUCUCUGGUGGCCAAAAGCAGAGGAUUGCAAUUGCGAGAGCGAUGUUGAAGAAUCCCAAAAUCCUCCUCCUUGAUGAAGCAACGAGUGCGCUCGAUGCAGGGUCGGAGAGCAUUGUUCAAGAGGCUCUAGACAGGCUCAUGGUUGGAAGAACAACCGUGGUUGUAGCUCAUCGACUCUCCACCAUUAGAAAUGUCGACAGCAUUGCCGUUAUACAACAAGGACAGGUUGUUGAGACAGGAACCCAUGAAGAAUUGAUUGCCAAACCCGGUGCCUAUGCAUCCUUAAUCAGAUUCCAAGAAAUGGUUAGGAACAGGGACUUCUCAAACCCGUCUACCCGUCGUUCACGCUCAUCACGACUAAGUCACUCCUUGUCCACAAAAUCAUUGAGUCUUCGAUCAGGCAGCUUAAGAAACCUGAGCUACUCAUACAGUAGUGGUGCCGAUGGACGGAUAGAGAUGAUCUCAAAUGCUGAGACAGAGAGGAAAAACCCAGCACCAGAUGGUUACUUCUUCCGCCUUCUCAAGCUGAACGCCCCUGAAUGGCCAUACUCCAUUAUGGGCGCCGUAGGGUCCGUGUUAUCCGGUUUCAUUGGCCCAACCUUUGCCAUUGUGAUGAGCAAUAUGAUUGAGGUUUUCUACUACAGAAACCCUGCCUCAAUGGAGAGAAAAACCAAGGAAUAUGUUUUCAUUUACAUAGGAGCUGGUCUUUAUGCUGUGGUUGCAUACUUGAUACAACAUUACUUCUUUAGCAUUAUGGGAGAAAAUCUCACCACUAGAGUGAGAAGAAUGAUGCUUGCAGCAAUUUUAAGGAAUGAAGUUGGGUGGUUUGAUGAAGAGGAGCAUAACUCAAGCCUUGUGGCGGCUCGUUUGGCGACGGAUGCAUCCGAUGUAAAAUCCGCCAUUGCUGAAAGAAUCUCUGUUAUACUCCAAAACAUGACUUCACUACUCACCUCAUUCAUUGUCGCUUUCAUUGUGGAAUGGAGGGUCUCACUUCUCAUCCUAGCUACAUUCCCACUUUUAGUCCUUGCCAAUUUUGCCCAGCAACUCUCUCUCAAAGGGUUUGCCGGAGACACGGCGAAGGCUCAUGCAAAGACUAGCAUGAUUGCUGGGGAAGGUGUGAGCAACAUCCGUACAGUUGCUGCCUUCAAUGCCCAAAACAAGAUCCUCUCCUUGUUCUGCCACGAGCUCCGUGUCCCUCAACUGCACAGCCUCCGCCGCAGCCAAACUUCCGGCCUCCUUUUUGGCCUCUCCCAGCUCGCUCUCUACGCCUCCGAAGCCCUCAUUCUGUGGUAUGGUGCCCACCUUGUCAGCAAAGGUGUCUCAACUUUUUCAAAGGUGAUCAAGGUCUUUGUGGUCUUGGUCAUUACAGCCAACUCGGUUGCAGAAACUGUUAGCCUUGCUCCGGAGAUCAUCAGGGGUGGUGAAGCUGUUGGCUCCGUUUUUUCAAUUCUCGAUCGUCAGACAAAGAUUGAUCCUGAUGACCCUGAUGCCGAACCGGUGGAAUCAAUCCGUGGGGAAAUUGAACUUAGACAUGUUGAUUUUGCAUACCCUUCACGGCCUGAUGUCAUGGUGUUCAAGGAUCUAAGUCUAAGGAUCCGUGCUGGCCAAAGCCAAGCACUUGUUGGGGCUAGCGGUUCUGGAAAAAGUUCGGUCAUUGCUUUAAUUGAGCGGUUUUAUGAUCCAGUCGUCGGGAAAGUUAUGAUCGACGGAAAGGACAUCAGGCGUCUCAACUUGAAAUCCCUUAGGCUCAAAAUGGGGUUGGUGCAACAAGAACCGGCCUUGUUUGCGGCCAGCAUUUUUGACAACAUUGCCUAUGGCAAAGAAGGGGCAACGGAAACUGAAGUGAUUGAGGCAGCCCGUGCAGCCAAUGUGCAUGGAUUCGUUAGUGGAUUGCCGGAUGGAUACAAAACUCCAGUCGGGGAACGAGGAGUUCAGCUCUCCGGUGGGCAGAAACAAAGAAUAGCAAUUGCCAGAGCGGUCCUUAAAGACCCAACAAUACUUCUGUUGGACGAGGCCACAAGUGCCCUCGAUGCUGAAUCAGAAUGCGUGCUGCAGGAAGCACUUGAGAGGCUCAUGAGGGGCCGAACCACUGUGUUGGUAGCACACCGCCUGUCGACAAUUAGAGGUGUCGACACCAUUGGCGUCGUUCAAGAUGGACGCAUCGUGGAACAGGGCAGCCACUCCGAGCUAGUGAGCCGCCCUGAGGGAGCCUAUUCAAGACUGUUGCAGCUACAACACCAUCACAUUUGAGAUAAUGCUGAUCUGAUAGAACGAAAAAAAAAAAAAAACAACUAUAUGGUCUUGUUGGGUGUUAAUCAAUCACGUGUGCCAAGUUAAUUAACCUUAUGCGUCCAUUUUUCUUUUAGUUGUAGAUAUGGGGGAUGUGGAGGUAACAUCUUGAGAACUGUUGGUGACUAUUGCUCUGAUUUUCUCAAUGGAGUAGCAAAAAAAUGUUGUAUUAUCAUAAUUAAUGUUUAUUCUGUUGCAGAAGCAUAUCGUAUUAUAA